GGACCAGGAUGGCAGAUGCGCGCAGGUACCGGCAGGUUCCCGGCCGGCGUUGAGAAGGCGUUACCCAAUGGCGAUUUCGUAUGGCGUCUCUGUCCCGCCCCCUGCGCCCUUGCCUUACUUCCGCUUCCGGCGCGCCGGUGUAAUUCCAAGAGGGUGGCUGCCUGGGGUGCGUCUCGGAUGUCUGGGCUGCUGAGCCGGGCCCUCCCGCGGGUGGGACGGCCCAUGUCGAGUGGCGCCCACGGCGAGGAGGGUUCAGCUCGCAUGUGGAAGGCUCUCACCUACUUCGUGGCGCUGCCUGGGGUGGGAGUGAGCAUGCUCAACGUCUUCCUGAAGUCGCGACACGCGGAGCACGAGAGACCCGAGUUCGUCGCCUACCCGCACCUCCGCAUCAGGACCAAGCCCUUCCCCUGGGGAGAUGGUAACCAUACCCUCUUUCACAACCCUCAUGUGAACCCACUUCCGACUGGCUAUGAAGAUGAGUAAAGAGAACCUGGACUAUCCCCCAGGCAACAAGGGACCACAGCACUGGUUUGGACCAUUACUCUGUGUGUGGACCACGAAAGCACAUGGGGCGCUAAGCUCAUCUGUCCUUGUAUCAAAUUGGUGACCGUUACACCAAUCUUCCACCAUCCCUUUGCUUGUAAGAGGAGAUGGCUUGAAUAAAUAACUUAAACUUACAUUGUUCAUGA